CUCUCUGGGGCGCUUGUGGGACGGCAUCCAUGGGCUCCGCUGGGCUUCCCCUGAUGCUGCUGCUGCUGGCGGGGGCGCUGGCCCGGAUCCCUGGAAGCGAAGGGGGCAAGGAGACCCCCGUCCAGUUCUUGGUGCAGGGGAAGUCUGAGUGCCACUUCCUCAAUGGGACACGGCAGGUGUAUUACCUGCAGAGCUACUUCUAUGACCAGCAGGAAUAUCUCCGCUUCGACAGCAACCUUGGGAAGUUCGUGGCCAUCACAGAGUUGGGCCAAGUGGACGCCGACACUUGGAACAAAGAUAAGCGCAUCCUGGAGGACGCGACAGCCACUGUGGAUCUCUUCUGCAGGUACAACUACAGGGUGUAUAACUACAACGCACCCAGGUCCGAGCGUUUGAUUGCCGAAGAGAUCAUGGCAGUCUUCAUACUUGGAAGGGUCAAGCCCACCGUCUCCAUCUCCUCCACCAAGUUGGACCCCGCUUCCCCCAACACCAUCCUCCUCUGCACCGUGAGGGGCUUCUACCCCGUGGAGAUCGAGGUCUGGUGGCUGAAGAAUGGGCGGCUGGAAGAGGAGGGCGUGGCCUUUGGGGAGGAGCUCCAGAAUGGAGACUGGACCUACCAGCUCCAGGUGUUGCUGGAGACCCAGACCCAGCGGGGGGACGUCUACGCCUGCCAGGUGGGGCACGCCAGCCUGGAGGCUCCCAUCACUGUCCAGUGGGAGCCCCGUUCCUCCAACUCUGCCAGGAUCAAACACUGGACGGGGAUUAUGGGGGCUGUGCUGGGGGUGGCCUUCCUGGCUGUGGGGCUCUCCCUCCACCUGAAGAGCAAGAAAGCAACUCCCAUCCAACCCCCUGCAGCAUUCAUGAGUUAAUCCUGGCGUCCCUUCCUGUUUUCUGAUGGGAAAGAAUUUUUUUUAGGAAUCACUGGUGAAUUUCCCCUUUGGUAAUUGGACGUUCAACAUGGUGGACUGGGGAGAGGAGGAAAAUCGUAGCCUGGACCUUCUUCUGCUGAGACCCACCAGUUGGCUUCAAAGGCUCUCUUCUUUUUGAAGGAGGGGAAACAGGGAGGGAUGGAGACCAUGUAGUCUGCCCUCAGGAACCCUUGGACUGCCUGUCACUCCAACCCCUCCCGCCCCCAAAUCUCUCCUGCUCAGUAGAGGCUCCCAUUCAGAGCAAUGGCUGGAACCAUCCACCGACAGCUGCUUAACCCGAAAUCCAUCUGGUGGUUGACCAAGACUGGGGGCCAACAUAUCCAGUGACAUCCCAGAUGCUUUGCAUGUACCAGUCACUCUGGGAUUUCCCCAUUCCUGAGAAGUGAUGUCAGGGAUCAACUGCUCUUUGCCCAGCAGAGCCCCAAACCUUUCACCCCUCCCCCUGCAGUUUCUCUAUCUCUUCUCCCUGCUUUAAAUCCACAGGAGCUUCAUCCACAAUGCUGUCCUCCCCCAAUU